AUGUCCCAACUGGACUCAAAAGUGGCCUCGGUCAUCGACCGCGCUGCCAAGAACGACGAGUCAGACGAGGAUGAUUUGAUUGCCCAGCUCGAGGACGAUUCAGAACUGGAUGCUUUUCGAGCACAACGCAUACAACAGCUCCAUGACGAAUUCGACAAGGCCCGGCGGCUCAAGGCUAGCGAGCAUGGCACGUAUUCGGAGAUCAAAGACGAGAAAGCUCUGAUGAACAUCACGACCAGCACGAAAAAUUGUGUUGUGCAUUUCUUCAAGCCGGACUUCAACCGUUGCCGCAUCAUGGACACCCAUCUCGAGUCGCUUGCGCCUUCUCACUACGAAGCUCGCAUACUGAAGAUCAACGUCGACAACUGCCCCUUUCUAGUCACAAGAUUAGGCGUUCAAGUGCUUCCAUGUGUCAUUGCGUUCAUUGAUGGCAUUGGUGCUGAUCGCAUUGUUGGCUUCGAAGGACUCGGGCGGUCACCAGACAACUUCACUGUCAGGGACUUGGAGGCACGAUUGAUCCGAGCCGGUGUUUUUGCAAGAACAAAAGUCACCAAGGAAGACGAAGAGGAGCGCAAACAACGGAGUAAGAUUGCCGUCAAGUAUGACGAUGAAAACGACGAUGACUGGGAUUGA